GAAUUGUCCCUCUGUGCGUGCCGUAGUGGUGAUAAACAUGACAAGCAGCUGUUUCUGCAUGUUAGCGUUCAUGUGCAGGGUUUUACUCAACAAACAAGUCUCGUAGAUACAGUCUGUUACCGCUAAAAUACAAUGGAGUCUGUCAUUAAAAUAAAUCCAGGAGCGUCGAAAGGGGAGAUUCGUCAGAAGGUCUGGGACUACAUCGAAGAAAAGAAUUUAGCCAACUUCCCAAGGCCCGUUCACAACAGAAUCCCAAACUUUAAGAGUGCAAAUCAAGCGUGCAACAGACUUUCAGAGCUGCAGGAGUUCAAGACCAGCCAGACAGUGAAAGGUGCUUUUGGAGCCUGCACCAAGGUGACAGAGUUGCAGGUGUUCACCGAGACGUCCGAGGUGAAGGUGGAUCCUGAUAAACCUCUGGAGGGAGCUCGACUGGCAGUGCUUCAGGCGCAGAAAACACUUUUGGUUCCGACUCCUCGCCUUCGCUCUGGUCUUUUCAAUAAGAUCACUCCUCCCCAGGGAGCCAGCAAGGAACAGCUGCGCACUUGUGCUUCCUCUCAGGGUGUGCGAGACUUCAGCGUCCCUGUUGACCUGGAUGCAAAGGUGAAGGUGGACUUGGUGGUAGUUGGCUCAGUGGCGGUGUCUGAGAAAGGGUGUCGGAUCGGGAAAGGAGAGGGCUUUGCUGAUUUGGAGUGGGCCAUGAUGUCCUCCAUGGGAGCUGUGAAUAAAUCCACUGUGGUUGUUACAAUCAUUCAUGACUGCCAGGUGGUAGAUGUUCCAGACGAGCUUAUGGGAAGUCAUGACCUGACUGUCGACUACAUCCUCACACCCAGCAGAGUCAUUAAAACUAACUGCCAGUUGCCUAAACCACAGGGGAUCAUCUGGACCAAGCUGGACUCAGAAAAACUGAAAAAGAUCCCCAUCCUGAAGAAGCUGCGUGCUCUGGAGGAACAGGCUGGGAAGGAUGUGACAUUGGGGGCAACGCCGCCUGCAGCUGAGCCCGGUCUGCAAAACGAUGACCCGAAAAGGCAGCCCAGACGGAGGCCGAGGCGGAACACACAACAGGAUGCAGAGGGAGAAACCAGCCAGGAGUCCAGACAGGAGAGAGGAUCAGAGUCAGGACAGAGAGCCAGACAGCAACCGGCAAGGGUGAGGAAAGAAAGCAGAGGAAGUGGAAAGGGAGAUGCAGACAAGGAAGCUGGUAAAACCGUAAAGGAAAGAAGCAGGAGGAUGGUGAAGGAGCAGGGGUCAGAAGAAGUUGGAGGUGAAGAGGUGAGCCAGAGGAAGCUCCCUCAGAGCGUGACCACAGUCUACCUGGGAGGAAUCCCCACCGGGCUGCGCGUUAGCGAGCUCAAAGCUGCUCUCAGAGAGAGGAAUGCCGCUCCACUGAGGCUCACCUGGCAGGGAGCUCAGCACAGGGCCUUCCUGGAUUACAGCGACCCUCAGGGGGCAGAUCAGGCCCUGGAGGCUCUGCAGGGCCUCUGUCUGAACGGUCAGAACCUGCAGGCCGAGCUGGCCAAGAGCCAGCGUGGACAGAAGAAGUCUGGACAGAGACAAACUCUGUCCAAAGCUUCUAAGUCAAAAAUGUCUCCCCUGAAAGGUGGCUCCACGAAGGAGACGGAGCAAUAACAGCAACAGGCAGCAAACAGGUCAAAAUAAUAGUUACAUAAAGCUUUAACACCAUUGGAAGUAUUAAACUUUGCUUUUUAUUUUAUUUUUACUUGUGAAGCAAACAUCUAAUGAAGUAGUAAAUGAAACAAAACUAAAAAGUGGUGAAAUUAAGAGAUUUGUUUUCUAACGUAAUAAUUUACAAUGACACAUUUAUGUGCCUUACUCCUAUCUUCAGGCUCCUGUGUCUUGACAGCAUUUAUUAGUUUUUUUAGUGAUUUGAUGUGUGGUUUUAUUUUAUUUUUUAACUGUAGAUCACAAUAAAAGAUUUGCAUUUCUUGUUUCUCAAA